AUUAGUAAUUUAAUGCAGUGGUGAAAUGUUAAAAUAUGUACCAAUUAAUAUGCACUAUGUCUAAUAGAGAACAAAUAUCAAGCUAGCUAAAUCCUUAACCUAGAACAAACUUACCAGUCAGACCCAUGUUUUCUUUUCUUUUUCAUGAAAUAUGUUCUUUCUGUGGAUACAAUUAAAAGUACUAAUCCACAUGUUUUGCAGUUGGUUAUAUCUUAGAAGUAUAAGAAUUCAGAUUUUUACUAAAAACAAAAAGUCCUUUCCACAUAAUCCUAUAGAAAGGAGUGUGUAGGAAUUGGUGGGAGAACGAAAACAGGAAAAAAUUAUCUUGAAAAUAUCUACAAACUCCUGGAUAUUUAGGUCUGAAAGAAAAAGAACCUUGUAACGUACCUUUUCACAUUUUGUCCUAUUCUUGUAGUGCUGUGAUGUGGCACUUAAUGCUCUAGGGGACCCAUGGCAAGUGUUACAAAUGCAACCAAAAGUCUCAUGAAAAUGAGCCUCUAAUGGUGUGUGAGCUGGUCUGCAAUGGCCUCAGGAAAUCCCCCCAGCUAUUCCCAUCCUUUUUUAUCCACUACAUUUUCUGACUCUAAGGGAAACUUCACUUCACCUCCUUGACCAGAAUUGAGCAGACAUUGAUGUGGGAACUCAGUGCUUUAUUUAUUCAUUUAUUAGUCUUCAUCAGUUGUAUUCCACCAGAACAAAAGAAUAUAUAUAUUCUUUGCAUUAAUUUAAAUUUAAGGAUGUGCAAAUAUGUGUUUGUGGGAAAUGCAUAUUUAUGUCUAUGUAAUUUUAUGGGUAGCUUGCUUUAAUUUAAAAUAUUUUCCAUCAAAUCUGUAUUAUUACUUAGAGCCUCACCAUCACUUCUGCUUGACAUAUUAGCUGAAUUUCUCAAAAUGUUGCAUGUAAAGUGAGCUUUUUAAAAGAGAAUCAUGUUUUUCUAUUCACUUCUAUAAUUAGUCAGGUUAAGUGUCACAUGGGAAAAAAAUAAGUGGCCCAAUGCAUAAUUUAAAAAAAAAUUAAGAACCGCAACUUCACCUCAGUGAUAAUGAUGCAUUUAUCUAUGGGCACUUUAUGUGCCUUAAUUGCCCCCAAGAAAUGCCAGUAAGAAGUGCAUCCAAUUAAACAGCAGGUAUUUUGGAAGCAAAUGCUAUGUGUAAACCACUGUACUGGAGGCAAAGGGAAAUGUAGAGAAAUAUAAGUCCGGGAUUAUCCUCAGGGAGCAUAUAGUCUAGUUAAGAAUAGUACAAGACAGAAAAGGUAGGACUGUCUACAACAAUUGAAAGUUUAAGUAACAGUUCAAGAUAUUCAUUAUUUGAAAAAUAACCAAAUAAAAAAAUAAAAAUAAAAGAUAUUCAGGCAUGGUCUUUGCACAGUUAAUGACUAAUUUUAAAAUAUACCACAUGGUUAAUUGCCCUUUCAUUGGAAGGACUCACUGAUUGGGUACCAUAUAUACGCACAGCUACUUUAAAAGCAACAAUGCUUGAGAACAUCAUCGGAACUCGACUCAUAUCUGUUUAAACACAAUUUGGGCAAUUCAAGCAAUAAUAAUUUUUAUUGUGGUACAAUACAUGUUCCUUUUCUUUUAAAUGUUGAACAUCCGGUAGCCUCACUACAGAUUUUUGUUCAGGAAUAUUUGUCGAGCAAUUAGACAUUUCUAAGUAGAUGUUUGAUGUUAUGCUGCCCAGGAAUGGCCUUUGAAGACAUUUUCACUCCUGGACACCCAGCCUUGGGUGCCAUGAUUCCUUCCAUUUUGUAAUACUGAAUUACAAGUUUUUACUUGGGGAAUAUAUUUAAAGCAGAGUUGUCCAGAGCAACACCAUAAUAAGUUCUGCAGCAGUCUUAUUUAAUGUAUAUCUGAUGAGAAUCAACUCAGAGAUCAUAUAGGGACUUAAUCUUUAGUUUUACCACUUUAGUUAUAACCUGUCAGGGAGAUUAGGGUAAAUUCAAGGGAAAACCGUAGAAGUUUGUACAGCUUAAAGGUUUAAAAAUAUUCUGGCUACCAUACCCAAUAUUCCUAUACAUACCUUUACUCUUCUGAUGAAGUGUAAAUAAAAAUAACAUCAAUAAUGCCAAGCAAAUGGAAUCAUUAGCUUACAAAGCGUUUUGGAUACAUCGUUCCCUAUUGAUCCUCAACUUGUGAUGUUAACAGCUUGUGAGAUGGUAAGGCAAAUACUACCCACAUUUUACCAAUGAAAAAUAUAUGAAGUUUAAAAGGACAGGUGAGUUGCUUAUGACAGAGAACUCUUAAAAGGUGCAUCUGCUUGUCCUGUCGCACACGCUGUGGCUGCUCAGAGGAGGCAGCACCGCACACGGAACCUUUGCCACACCACAGCUGUACUGGAGGGCACAGAGGGGAAGCCAAGAUGGAAGGAAACCUGUAGGCUCUAGUCUUCAGAGGACAGAAGAGCCCUCAGGCCAAAAGGCAUACCUGCUAUGAUUUCAUACAAGACCGAAAAGGUUUAGUUAGCUAUCUUUUAUGGAGUGUUUCUUCCCACUUAUACAGUGUCAUUGAUAAAUAACUGAAUUUUUAUUACUCACAGAUUGGAUAAAAUCCUGAUGAUUUUCCAUGAAAAUUAUUGUUGUGUUUAAUCUCGUUGUGUCAGUUUUUUCAUACCUCUAAUCGCUUUAGUCUCUACAAAAGUCACAAUGCUGAUCCGGACCAUCCUUCCCACUUACCAGAAUUUAUGGGGCAGGGGGGAGGGCUAUUUCUGUUGAAAAAUCUGUGAAUAUAACCAGUUGUCUUUGACCUGGCUUCCUGGUGCUUCUUACUUAUUUAAGAAUAUGGUAUGGAAAUGAUGGAAAUCAUGGACCACUUUAGUAAAACUGAGCAUCACUGAGAAUUGAUAAAGAAGUGUUGUUUUGAAUCCCACGAGACACAGGCUGUCAUUGGCAAUAUAGAAUUCAGAGCUGUCACUAAAUUUUGCUUCCUGAUGAGUAGAAAAGGUAGAGAGACUAAUAAAAAGGUAGAAUGUCAAGUCAAAAAUUCAACAUUUAAUUCCAAAAAUACUGGUCAUUGGGUCCUCUAUUCAAUAUCACAUCCUUGAAAAGUCUACAGACUUCCAGCCUUCAUUUUGGCUUGAAGAAUUGGACCUGACACAUCAAGGUUUUUUAACUUUCUUGCUGUUACUUUGGAGCCUCAGUUAAUAUUAAAUAGCAAGGUGAUAUACCCCCAAUACCUUUGUCUUAGGGCAUUCACAAUGCUUAAUGUUUUUUUCCAUAAUAAUAAUCUUGGCUGCAGUUAUAAAAUGUUUUUAUAUUUAUGAUUGUAUGUAGUCCUACGGUAGCCUUUUGCUACUGUAGGAUUAUUGUUGUUAUUUUCAUCAUUCCCAUUUUGUAGAUGAGGAGAUAAACAGAGUGAGAAUCUGAUCUAAGGUCACAUAGCUGGCAACAGAACCACAAUUACACCCAGGUGAGCAGGCAAUCUUACUCAUAGUUCAGUAGACUUGCCAAGCCUCAUAGAUUUGCUAUGACAGUGGUUCUCAGCCAGGCUUUAGAAUUACCUAAAAGACUUUUUAAAAUAUAGGCACUCAGAUAUCUACCUCUGAGUGUCUGAUUUAGUAGUCUGGAGUAAGGCCCAAAGAUUAUUUUUCUUACAAGUUUCUAGGCAAUGCUGAUGUUGCCCAAAUCCAUUCUUUUAGGAGCCCUGUCCUAUGGAUUGUAUGCAGUAACUUAAUGGCAAUGAUACAUUAAGGCAAGAUAGUCAAAUACGAAGGAUGUUUAUUUUGCAUGAUGCUUCCUCAUGCUGCUGCUUUUCUCUAUUUCUGAUCACUAUCGGGAAAGAGCAGAACAAAUGCGGGGCGCACACUAGCCAGAGCAUGAAUGAGUUUAGAUCUUCUGACACUCAAGAAUAGAGUGGCAUGAUCCUUCAGUUUGCUUCUAUCUAGGAACUACUAUUGUAGAUUACCUUGGAGUUAUGGGUACCUUGCCAACCCAGCAAGUAUUAUGAAGAGCCCCUAUAAUACUGGACAGGGGAAAAUAUGAUUAGGUGGAUCUAUAGGCAACUGAUCCAUUAAACAACAAUCUUCAGAUAGCUAUCUCCAUGUCAACCUAGAAGGAAGUUCUUAAUGGCAAGAGGGAGAGAGAGAUUUAUUCUUGACCUAUCCUAGUCAAUGUUUUCCUGAAGACUGGUAAGAAUUCUUGUAUCACAGGCUCAGUUUGAGUCAACAAGGUAAUAUAUCAGCUUUUUUAAAAAGCUAAGAAAUAUUUUAGCUGUGUUGUGAGAUAAUGUUCAGAUCAAGGUAACUGAUAAUGGUAGGGCUGUUGCUCUGGAUGUUCUAGGGGAUAGCCAAUAUCCUUGCCUUUUCUAGCUUCCAAAAGCCAUCUGCAAUCUUGCACUCAUGAUCCCUUCUAUGAGUAAAUCCAAACUCUUGUUUCUGUCAUCAAAUCUCCUACUGUUAGCUCUGGUCCUCCUGCCUCUUUCACAUAGGAAUCCUUGUGAUUACACUCAUAGACUACCAAAAUAAUCCAGGGUAAUCUGCCAAUCUCAGUACCCUUCAAUUUAAUCACAUUCACAAGAUCCCUUUUUUCAGGUAAGGCAACAUUUAUAGGUUCUGGGAUUAGGACCUGGAUAUCUUUUGCAGAGUCAUUAUUCAGCCCACCACAGUCCCUUUCUAGUGUGUUUCUUAGACUACAUUAGGAAUGGAGUACCCCUUUCUCAGCACCAGAAUUUAAGAGUUUCUUUAAUAAAAUAUGUCCUAAACAAAGGUGGCAGGGUUAUGAAAGGCAAGGGUGUGAAUGAGGAAGGCGUGGGAACAGAAGACAGGAGAACUGGGUUCCAAUACUAGCUUUGCUUCUACCAACUUUUGUGACCUUAAGUUUAUUUGAUAAAAUGUCUAUCACUCAGUUCUUCUCUGUAGACUAACAGAACCAGAAAAUCUCCUAAAUACCUCCUAGGUCUAAGAGUCUAUGCUUCUGUAAACGCUAUCAGACUAUUUCUAGAUGACAUUUAAAUUUAAAACCAAGUGCUAACUUACCACCUCUAAUAGUUAAUAUAAAUCUUGUCUGAUUUUUUUAAUUCAAAAUUUACUUAAAUUUCAGAUUUGAAAUGUGUUAUCCAAGGACAUAUUUAUCUUGCUAUUAAAAUAGUGAUAAGGCUAUGAAAAUCAUGAAUACAAGUGCUUUUCACUAGCUAAUUUUUAAAUAUCUUCCCAACAGUGCUACUUGAGUUUAAGCAUCAGAUCACUAGUCUUAGGGUGAUAUUAUGCCUUUUCCGUAUUAAAAACUUGGGGCACAGUAAGAAUAAAUUGCAAUAGUAUACAACGAACUAAGAGAGUUAGGCCAAGACAAAGGAAUAUGGCCCAAAUGAAAGAAUAGAUCAAAACUCCAGAAAAAGAACUAAGUGACAAGGAGACAACCUUCCAGAUGGAGAGUUCAAAACACUGGUAAUCAGAUGCUCGGAGAAAUGAUUGAGUAGAGAUGCAAAGUAAAGGAAGAAGUGAAGGCUGUACAAAAUGAAAUAAAGAAAAAUAUACAGGGAAACAACAAUGAAGGGAAGGAAACUGGGACUCUAAUCAAUAAUUUGGAACAAAAGGAAGAUAUAAACAUUCAACCAGAACAGAAUGAAGAAACAAGAAUUCAAAAAAAAAAAUGAGGAGAAGCUCAGGAACCUCUGGGACAAUUUUAAAUGUUCCAACGUCCAAAUCACAGGGGUGCCAGAAGGAGAAGUGGAAAAGCAAGAAAUUGAAAACUUACUUGAAAAAAUAAUGAAGGAGAAUUUCUCCAAACUGGUGAAGGAAAUAAACUUCCAGGAAGUCCAGGAAGCUCAGAAAGUUGCAGACAAGUUGAACCCCAAGAGGAGCACACACCACGACACAUCAUAAUUAAACUGCCCAAGAUUAAAGAUAAGGGGAGAACCUUAAAAGCUGCAAGAGAAAGAAAGAGAGUUACCUACAAAAGAGUUCCCAGGGGACUAUCAUUUGAUUUCUCUAAAGAAACCUUGCAGCCAAUGAAAGGCUGGAAAGAAGUAUUACAAGUCAUGAAAAACAAGGAUUUACAACCUAGAUUACUCUAUCCAUCAAAGCUAUCAUUUAGAAUGGAAGGGCAGAUAAAGUGCUUCCCAGAUAAGGUCAAGUUCAAGGAGUUCAUCAUCACCAAGCCCUUAUUAUAAGAAAUGUUAAAGGGACUUAUCUAAGGAGAAGAAGAUCAAACACUGUGAACAGUAAAAUGACAACAAACUCAGAACUAUCAACAACUGAACCUGUAAAAACAAAAACAAACUAAGCAAACAACUAGAGCAGGAACAGAAUCACCUAAAUGGAGAUCACAUGGAGGGUUAUCAGUGGAGAGAGGGAGAGGGGAGAAUGGGAGAAAAGUUACAAGGAAUAAGAAGCACAAAUGGAUGAACAAAAUAGACAGGGGGUGGUUAAGAAUAGUAUGGGAAAUGUAGAAGCCACAGAACUUAUAUGUGACCAAUAGACAUGAACUGAUGGUGGGGGAGUGCUGGAGAAAAUGGGGGUACCAGGUGGAAGGGGAUGAAGGAGAGAAAAAAUGGGACAACUAUAGUAGCAUAAUCAAUGAAAUGUACAUAAAAAAUAAAAAUUCACACCAACAAAAAAAAGAAAAGAAGAGAGUUAGUAGCUGUUGCCUCCAGGUUUAUCUACCACCAUGGCAGGCAUGAUACCAGACAAUACAUGCAGUGGGUCAAGCAGAGUAAAUACAAAGACCUUGUCCUGAACAUCUCAGUCUCAAGGUAUAAGUGACCAAGUAGAACACAGUCACUGAGUGACUGCUGUCACUAUUACUGGAGUCAAAGAGGUGAGAAAGGGCUGACAUAUCACUCUUUUUUUUUUUAAUUUGGCAUGGAACUUGGCCACUGAUUCCCAAAAGGAAAUAGGGCUAGUUUCAUACAGAUCUCACUAUACAGUCAAGUCAUUCCACAAACACCGAUUUUAAAUGAUUUACAGAGGGCCACAAAAAAUAAUUUGGAGGAAGUUUAUAGGAAGGAAAGCUUUGAGAGCUGAACCAGAAAAGGUGCUUGAAAAUAAAUCAAUUAUGGCAUACAUUGAAUUAUGGCAUUUAUUAUUAUGUGCAGAGUAUGCAUGGAAUUUUGAACUAAAAGCUAGGAAGCAAAGGUCUAGAAACUCUCAUGCAUAGUUAAUAAAUUAACCCUUUAUUCUUUUACUUUUUAUGCAUCCUAUAUUUGGUGACUUGUUCAUACAAAUGUCCAAUGAAAAGGACUACUAAACCACACUCUGCUGUGGAUGCAUUUGCGUUUUCAUAAUUAAAAUAUAUGCUUCCAGGAGAUUUUCUCCAGUGUCAAAUGGAUACAGUCUUUUCAAGUAUUUCAAAGACCAAGCAUUCUUUGGGAAGAAGAGAAGCAUUUUGUCUGUUUAUGACUGACCAAGUUUCCUAAACUUAUUAAAUUGAGAUCCCUUGUCCUUUUCUUCUGUAAGUUUGCAGACUAUUCUAAUAAAUUAUUUAACAAAGGAAAACACCUGCCAAAUCCAAAUCCAGUGUAAUAACUGAAUUAAUGACUGUUCUAGAACCCAUGAAUUCAGUAUACCGUACUAUGCAGGAUCCCUUCUCACUUUCUACUUUAUGCUGGAAACUAAAUAGUAUAAGGAAAUGAGCUAAUCACAAGCAGGUCAUCAGCUCUUGAAAUAUCUGCCCAUAAGAAAAAAAAUAUGAUUGGAAUCCUGUCACCAAGGAAAUAGCUUAAAAAUUUGUUUAUUUCAAUGCCAAACAAAAAUCUUAACUUCAGCUAGUGAUGGUUAUUUUGCAACAACUUUAAUUCUUUUGUCUAUUCAUUCAUUUGUUACAUGGCUACUAUAUACUAAUCAUUUAGAAAAAAGAACACCCUAUGGAUUAUGCAAACCUUAAAUAUCACUGUAUGUUUAUAUGUGUUCAUAUGCAUUUUUGACGAGCACAUUUCUGACAGGAAGUAAAGAAUGGCAUGGUCAGGGAAAAAUUAAAGAGACACGAUGUAAUUAUCUGAACUGGAAUGAAGCCAAUUAAUAACCCAUGUGCUAACACUCCCUUCAAAGUGCUGGAAAUGCCGUCAGAUAUUUCAAUGUCUUGCAUGGUCCUAGCCAGCAAUCUUCACCUCAUCCAUUUUCAACACCACUCAGGGACUAGCUGCCCCCAGCUCCUGAGGACGGCCUGCCACCUGAAGUGAGCUGGAGAAGAGGUGUAUAGAUUGUAUAAUCUGAGCACAAGAUUCUCGCAAGAGAUUGUGCACAGAUUUUCACUUACUAUUUUAAUGUGAUCAAAACCCUGGUGUUUUAUGCAUUUGCUUAUCUAUUCAACUCAUAUUUACCAGUACCUACUGCAUGUCAGUCCAGCAUCAUGGCUGAAAACGGAGGCUUGAAAGUUAGGUGCCUGGAUUUCAUCUCUAAUUCCAUACUCACUAGCUAUGUGUUUUUGAGCAAGUUACCCAACCCUUCUAGGCCUUGAUUUCCUUUUCUACGAAAUGAGGGUUGGUAGUACCUAAUUCAUAGGGCUGUUAUGACACUAAUGUAUAAUAAAAUAUGGAAAGUACUAAGAGUGCUUAGCACAAAUCAAGCAAGGGCAUUAUUAUGAGCCAGGAAAUAUUCCAAAGUCUGGGAACAAAGGGAUCAAACAACCCUGAGAUGAUCCUUGAAGUUAGAACUUUGGGUUAGUCUCUGUCAGCAACCCUUUCUAAUUCAUGGGCUCUGUCGCCAACCCUUUCUAAUAGAAGUCCAUAUAUUACAUCUUUGCUUUGCUAUGUGUAUUCAUAUCUUGUACCCGCAUGCUUUGAAUAUAACACACUCAGCACAUCCAUAGUAGGCAGUUUUGUUUAUACACCCCCAUUUUAUGCUUUCCUCGAUAAUAAUUGCUAUGUGAGGACCAGCCGUGGACUUUAUAUAUGUUAACUCAUGUCAUCCUGAAAACAACCUUAUGGGAUCAAUUUUGUCACCUUUUACAGAUAGGGAAACUGAAUUUUUGAGAGUGUCUGUGACUUGGACAAUAUUAUAAAGGUCUCUUGGACUCCAAAGCUUAUUCUCUUUUACAUUCAGUUCACGCAGCAUGCAUUUAGCAAGCACUUCACUGCUCUGCCCUGCACUCUUGCCUAUCAGGUGCUUUGAGACCUGCAGGAGGACCUACCAAUGUGAAAUUCACUGAACCCUCAUCCCUCUAAACUGAUCGACUGUGGUCCUGUGUUUUAUACCUGUCACAGUAGCCAUUGUUAACAGGGUUGGUGUGCAAAUAAACUAAAUUACUCCGGCUAUGACUUCUCUCACAUUACCUGCCUUUGAGUGGGCUCCCAGGUGUCUGACAUUCUUCAGUUUUCUUCUUUCACCCUAAGUAGCAACAUCAUUGCUGAAGCAUGACUAAGAGAUAGUUUUCACUUUCAUGUACACCAUGGUUCUUGUUUUAGGACAAGAGACUUACCGGUAAUCUCUCCAGUAGCAUCUGAUGGCACUGUUCUCUUCAUAAGCACCUCUUUCCCCUUUAAAAAAAUUACCUUCCUUUAUCUGUAGUCAAGAGGGAAAUCCUUACUGAAUAUGAUCAUAUGUGUCCGCAAAAGAGAUACCAUCAAGUACGUGGGCAGAUACUACAGUUUCCCCUUUCUAUUUUAGUAGCUCGUUUCAGUUGAAAUAUAUAGGAAAAGUCGCCCAUAGCUAAUCUUUCAGGUGGAAAAUCUGAGCCGUGAUUUCAAAUGACAUUGUAAGCUGAAAAACUCAAUCUCUUUCACCCCAUAGUAUGCCUAUAUUUUAAAAAUGAGUUGUAUAAGAACCACAUCUUUUUCUAUGGUGAUCUGUAGCACACAAUAUUCACAGAGAGAAUUGCAGACUCCGGGACAGGUCUUUGUAGACUGAUGCACUGGCCUUCACCAGCCUGGAAUGUGGUACCAGCUGUACGUUGCUGAGAUGGGGCUUGUUCAAUGUUAUGUUUUUCUGCUUUUCUCCGAGAAGAAAUUAAGGAUUCGCAUCUUUAGAAUUCAGAAUGCACAAAAAUAUUGCUACUCAGAUAUUUUUAAAAAUUGGAGGCAUGUGCCCUAGCUCUAUAGAUGAAGGAGUCCUAUUAUUCUGGAGAUGGGUGAUUUUCAUACCUGUUGGGCCAGAAUCUUUAAAGAGAGCUGCAGGCUAGUUGGUGUGCUGGAAAGAGUACUAGCCUAGAGGGCUGCUGGUGCCCCAGGUUCCAGUGUCUUCGACAUCGCUAUUGCCUUCGUGAUUUAUUAGCCCAAGUCUCUGGGCCUCAGUUUCCUUAUUGCUGAAUUAGGGCAUCGGAGAGAUUGAUCUCUGUGGCUUUUCCUGGCUCUGGUCUCCUCUGGGUCUGUGAAUCGCCUUCAGUGUCUGCCAUAGUCUGCCUUGCCAGCUCUGUUUGUCACAAAGAUUAAUCCGUUUUAACUGUACCUUGGAGUGCUCCUAGGAGAGGAGGCUGGAUGGAUUAUUUUGCACCUAUUAUUGCAUCAGAACUUUUGCCUUUUUAGACACGAUCGUGCCGUGCCUAAAAUCUGCCUGCCUCUCUGCCCACUGACUUUGUCUGUGCUGAUCUCUUGCCACGGUGCCUCUUCUUCCAGCAUCCAUCUCCCUCCAAGAUCUAGACUCGGCAUCCGGCUGUACCUGUCUUGUUCUCUGCAGCAUCUGUCUGCUGCACUCCUAGACCAUCGUUAAUAAACUUUCACACAUUACACGCAGACCCUAAUAUGUUGGCACCUGCACAUAAAUAUCUACCCUUCAUAAAACUAGGGGAGAAAACUCCAUUUUUUUAAAAAAAGACCUUUCUCUAAAUGCCAUUUGUAUUUGCACUUUUUGUUUAGUUGUAAGUUUUAAUAGUUCCCCCUUUGAGGAUUUGUCAGUACGAGCAGUAUUGCUUAUCAGAACACACCAACAGUCUUUUUGUAAUAUUCGCUUUUCCCCUUUGGUUCAGCCGAGCCCGCUGACAGAUCAUUCAAAUUCAAUUGUUUUAUGUCUAAGCCGAACAGCUAAUUAAAGUAGGGAUGAUUAACCUGACUGGCAGUGUCGCUCUCCCUCUCGCGCUCCCUCUCCCUUUCUCUCUCUCCCUCCCUCCUGUUCCAAUCAGUCUUUUUCUCACACUCUCUCUCUCUCUCUGUCUCUCUCUCUCUCUCUCUCUCUCUCCCUCUCUCUCUCUCUCCCUCUCUCCUCCUCUCCUCUCCCCUCUCUCCGUCUCUCCCUCCCUUGGUUGGUCUCUCUCUCGCUCUCUCUCUCUCUCUGUCUGUCUCUUGCUCUACUGUUUUUUUUUUCCCUCUCUCUCUCUCUCCUAAACGUGGUCUGCUUGCUGAUGGCAGAAUGGCACUCGGAGAUUUGUGCAUUGUGUCUGGUUUCCUACGGGCAGGCUGACCCAGUGCCUCCAGGGACUUAUCAAUAGACCACUCAGAAGAGACACAGACAGGAGAGAGGAGGAGGGGUGGGGGGAGAGAGAGAGAAUCAAUAUCAAGAAUAGAAGGAGCUCCGAAGCCAUUUUUUUUUUAAAGAAGUAUCGGGACUUGGGAGAGGGUGACAAAGAAGGUUUUUCAAAGAGGCAGUGGAGGAGGUUCUAAUAAAUUUGGAAGGAAACAGUUCCCUGUCUUGGGAAAAGGAGAACUCCUGACUGAUUAGCAUUCACACCAGAUGCAGUCACUCUCUGUCCCCUGCCCCAAUGAACAUCUGCACUAGGCCCAAGCCUUGGAGUGACUUACCUGAAGAGUGACACCAUUUAUUUGGAAACUACUAUGAGGAAACUGAAGCCCAGAGAGGUGAAGUGAGGUGCCCAAGGCCACACAGCAAGUUAGAGGCACAGCUAGUACCGUAGCUCAAGUCUCCUGACUCCCAGUCCAGUGCUCCUCCCAUUACUCCACGGGUCCUGUCUCUAAGCUUCCUGACAAAUGCUAGAACGGAAGAAACCCAAGACAGCUGAAAACCAGAAGGCAUCUGAGGAGAAUGAGAUUACUCAGCCGGGUGGAUCCAGCGCCAAGCCGGGCCUUCCCUGCCUGAACUUUGAAGCUGUUUUGUCUCCAGACCCGGCCCUCAUCCACUCAACACAUUCACUGACAAACUCUCACGCUCACACCGGGUCAUCUGAUUGUGACAUCAGUUGCAAGGGGAUGACCGAGCGCAUUCACAGCAUCAACCUUCACAACUUCAGCAAUUCCGUGCUCGAGACCCUCAACGAGCAGCGCAACCGUGGCCACUUCUGUGACGUGACGGUGCGCAUCCACGGGAGCAUGCUGCGCGCACACCGCUGCGUGCUGGCUGCCGGCAGCCCCUUCUUCCAGGACAAGCUGCUGCUGGGCUACAGCGACAUCGAGAUCCCAUCCGUGGUGUCAGUGCAGUCGGUGCAAAAGCUCAUUGACUUCAUGUACAGCGGCGUGCUGCGCGUCUCACAGUCGGAAGCCCUACAGAUACUCACGGCCGCCAGCAUCCUGCAGAUCAAAACAGUCAUCGAUGAGUGCACACGCAUAGUGUCACAGAAUGUGGGCGAUGUGUUCCCGGGGAUCCAGGACUCAGGCCAGGACACGCCGCGGGGCACUCCCGAGUCAGGCACAUCGGGCCAGAGCAGCGACACUGAGUCGGGGUACCUGCAGAGCCACCCGCAGCACAGCGUGGACAGGAUCUACUCUGCACUGUACGCAUGCUCCAUGCAGAACGGCAGUGGUGAGCGCUCCUUCUACAGCGGUGCGGUGGUCAGCCACCACGAGACUGCGCUCGGCCUGCCCCGAGACCACCACAUGGAAGACCCCAGCUGGAUCACUCGCAUCCAUGAGCGCUCACAGCAGAUGGAGCGCUACCUCUCCACCACCCCCGAGACCACACACUGCCGCAAGCAGCCCCGGCCCGUGCGCAUCCAGACCCUGGUGGGUAACAUCCACAUCAAGCAGGAGAUGGAGGACGAUUAUGACUACUAUGGGCAGCAAAGGGUACAGAUCUUGGAGCGCAAUGAAUCUGAAGAGUGCACGGAAGACACGGACCAGGCCGAAGGCACCGAGAGUGAGCCCAAGGGUGAAAGUUUCGACUCGGGUGUCAGCUCCUCCAUAGGCACCGAGCCCGACUCCGUGGAGCAGCAGUUCGGGCCUGGGGCAGCUCGGGAGGGCCAGGCUGAACCUGCCCAACCUGAGCAAGCUGCAGAAGCCCCUGUGGAGGGCGGCCCGCAACCCCACCAGCCGGAGACAGGUGCCUCUUCUCCCGAAAGAAGCAACGAAGUGGAAAUGGACAAUACAGUCAUCACUGUCAGCAACAGCUCCGACAAAAGCAUCCUACAGCAGCCUUCAGUCAACACGUCCAUCGGGCAGCCAUUGCCAAGUACCCAGCUCUACUUACGCCAGACAGAAACCCUCACCAGCAACUUGAGGAUGCCUCUGACCUUGACCAGCAACACACAGGUCAUUGGCACAGCCGGCAACACCUACCUGCCGGCCCUCUUCACUACCCAGCCCGCGGGCAGCGGCCCCAAGCCUUUCCUCUUCAGCCUGCCACAACCCCUGGCAGGUCAGCAGACCCAGUUUGUGACAGUGUCCCAGCCCGGCCUGUCGACCUUUACUGCACAGCUGCCAGCGCCACAGCCCCUGGCCCCAUCUGCAGGCCACAGCACAGCCAGUGGGCAGGGCGAAAAAAAGCCUUAUGAGUGCACUCUGUGCAACAAGACUUUCACCGCCAAACAGAACUACGUCAAGCACAUGUUUGUACACACAGGUGAGAAGCCCCACCAAUGCAGCAUCUGCUGGCGCUCCUUCUCCUUAAAGGAUUACCUGAUCAAGCACAUGGUGACACACACAGGAGUGAGGGCCUACCAGUGCAGCAUCUGCAACAAGCGCUUCACCCAGAAGAGCUCUCUCAAUGUGCACAUGCGCCUCCACCGGGGGGAGAAGUCCUAUGAAUGCUACAUCUGCAAAAAGAAGUUCUCCCACAAGACCCUCCUAGAGCGACACGUGGCCCUGCACAGUGCCAGCAACGGGACCCCUCCCGCAGGCACGCCCCCCGGAGCCCGCGCUGGCCCCCCAGGGGUGGUGGCCUGCACGGAGGGGACCACUUAUGUCUGCUCCGUCUGUCCUGCAAAGUUUGACCAAAUCGAGCAGUUCAACGACCACAUGAGGAUGCACGUGUCUGACGGAUAAGUAGUAUCUUUCUCUCUUUCUCAUGAACAACACAAAAGAAACAAACACACACACAAAAGCUAUGGCACUAGAAUUUAAGAAAUGUUUUGGUUUCGUUUUUACUUUCUCGUUUUUGUUUUUGUUUUGUUUCAUUUUGUACUACAUGAAGAACUGUUUUUUGCCUGCUGGUACAUUACAUUUCCGGAGGCUCGGGUGAACAAUAGUUUGCCCAGCCUCCCUCGGAUAGUGGCCUUAAGGCCUGGUAGUGCUUCAGGAGGUCCACUGGUUGGAUCUCUAGCUACUGGCCUCUAAAUACAACCCUUCUUUACAAAAAAAUAUUUUAAAAAAAAGUAAAAAAAAAAUUUUUUUUUUCACUUGUGAAGAGCACUACAAAAAUAUAUAACAAAAUCUAAAAGGCCGACUGUCUUUAAGUACACCGCUUGCAGUGUUUCAGUGGACAUUUUCACAAUUCUGGCCGCUCGGACUUCACAGUAACCAGUUAAAACUGUGGAAUGUCACUUCUGGUUGAAAACCCAGAGGAAGGGCCCUGCUGUUUUCACCUACCACGAUGUCUGAUUUCAUAAAAGGGCUGUGGAGGCGGGAAGGGGCAGUGGGUUGGGUGAUGUGGGAAAGGCGAACAGCAGGCUUCUCCCCAGCUUCUGCUCGGGUCCACGCACCCGAGCCCACCUACUCCGUGUCCCCCUUUCAGCAGAAGCCAGGAAGACGUGGACAAGCAUCAAGCAACAGUGGCUAUCGUAUUUAUUCAGUGUCUUCGCUGAGCCACAGCCUCAGCACAAUCAAGAGGGACUUUCAUGAAAGGCAGGAAUGCAGAUAAAACAAAGAUAUCAGAGGUUUGCACCUACGUUUCUAGGUACAAGAGAAGGAUUAUUUCCAACGAUCUUUGCAAAAAACAAAAAAGUCAGGAUAUAUUCUUGUGGAGAGAAAAAGAAAGAGGAAUGGAGGGUGGGGGGAUAAUAAAAAGUUCUUGAGGCUUUUUUAAUUCAAAAUUUUAUAGAGGGGCAAAAGUGACGUUUACCAGAUAGAAUGCUGAUUUUUUUAAUAUAUUUACAACAGUAUUUGUGUAAAAAAAAAACAAAAAAAGUGAGAUUGUUAAAAGUAAUUUUUUUUCCAUUUUGGUUUUGCAUACACUGCCACCAAUCCCUUCUCUUUUAUUUUAUUUCACACACAUAUAUAUAUUUUUUGGUAAGUCAAGACUGUUAAGGUUAGCGAUACUGCUUCCAGAUAGAAAGAAUAAAAGGCAAUUAUAGUUAUAUUUGAAAGAGAGGAAGGAUAUUUUCUUCAUAUUUUUUUUAAUUUUUCUUAAUUUUUAUUAUUUUAAGUAUUGCCUGGGUUGAUGAGGGCCUCCGGGCCCGCCCAUCCCUGCUGUAAUUUGAACUGCUGCUUUGUAUUUUGAUAUGUAGUUCCUUGACUUUUAGCAAGCUUAGGUUGCUCCACUGAAUAUUUUGUUCAACUGAUCCAUGUAGAACUCUGUUCUUUUUCAUGGGAGGGACUUCAGCUUUCAGAAAUAGAUUUCUUGGUUCUCUAAAAGUUCAUUGAUUCUAGGAUUUCUAUUGACUUUACUUUUUUCUUUAAUGAAACACUAGUGGGUUAGAGGUCUUGACAAACGGGCUCUUUCCCGUGUGGUCAGCCCGGAGGAGGAGUUCACCAAACUCUGCCACAGCUCCUCACCCUUCACAGCUACAGAGAGCAGAGGUAUCAGAAACCUGUUACAGAGCAGGAUGCCUUGAUGCCAAAAUUACUUUCUUCCUUUCAAAUACUACCUUCCAACUAUUUCCACCAUGGUUGAGAGGGCAAAGUAAAAUGAGCGUUCUUUAGCUGAUUUAUUAACCCCUUGCUCUUUGGAAAGGUUUUCAGGAAAGGAACAAAAGUUUCCCAGAUGCCACCAUCCAUCAUUCAAAGGCCACCAAUCCACUGCAUCAUCCUAGGUGCCACUCUCUCUUCCUAGUUGGGAUUUCUCUCCUCGGUCCUGAUCAAGGUCUUAUAAUAGAGGUUUUUCCAUUUACACCAGACAGUGUCCAGAAGGGAUUCCAACCCAAAUGUAGAGUGCUUAACCCUAUCAGAAACGCCAAAGGUGAUUUACAUUGCUGGGCAUAUGUUUAACACACUUAAGGGGAAAAUCAGUAGUUCAAACAAAGCAGAAACACCAAACUAGAAUUUUAAAAGAGAAGAAAAUAGAAUAUUUUAGUUUUAAAAUUACUUCGUCUUUUAACUAAUUUUUCUUUCAGCAACUUAUUUUCAAAAACUGUGUAGCAAAGGAAAAGUCUUCCAAGGGAAGCAACUCUGUAAUGAUUAAAAUGGUUUUACCCAUAUAGUUUAGAAUUUUGGUUAACUCAGAUCUUUUCCAGAAGUUCUUGGUGAUGUUUAGUAGAGUUAGUGCAGCUGGAGAAUAUGUGAGCUGGGUUCGUUCCCGUGGUCCUUAAUUCAGUAAAUAUUUUGCUAGAAGUUUUAAUGUGCAUUCAGAUGGUUAACUGACUGUGGAAUAUCACCCAUCAUGAUUUCUAAAUGGGGUUCUGCCAAGAACUGUGUGUCCAGAAUUGGCCCGUUUUAAAAGUUAGUAAAAAACAGCUUCAGAACUAAGAAAAAGUCCACUCUUCUCUUGCUAAUUUGGCUUUGUAAAAGAGCAAUUUUGAAAGAUUCAUAUAUUCCCACUUAAUACCAACAGAGGGAGCAUUAGUUAAUUAACCAUGUCAUGGAACUCUUUUGAUAUUUUCAAAACAAGUCAUUCAACCCACGAAAUAAAAAAGAAAAAAUUGACAUUAAAAGAAAAAAUUGUUUUAAUCCAGAGGGAAAUGACAUGAUAGCAUUCAGCAUACAUUAUAAACGAACAAAGGCCAAAAGCCACUUUAAAAUAUUUUCAAUCAUUUGACAGUAGCUUUUAAAAUAGUGUCCUUAUUUAAACCUUAGCAAAUUAGGCAGAAUUCAUAAUACCUCCAGAAGACUUGAUCUAGAUGCCCUUACGGGCCACACGUAGCUUUCUGCUUCUCAAAUUCAAAGGAGACCCAUCUGCCUUAAUACUGAUUUGCCAUGUAAAGAGCUAAGCAAUUGGAUUAAGGAACAUGUAGGGGGAAAAGUUCCAACUGGGCUUGAAAACCGAAUACUCAUUCCUUCAAAGGAAGUAUCUCUUUUUUAAAAAUGUCAGAGGAUCCCUGAAGAAUUUUGGCAGGGUGGUGUUCUCAUUAUGACAGUGCGGACCAUCCAGGUUUGCAUCGCUGUAGACUUUUCCUGCAUGUCUUCUGUGUGUCUCUUCCUCCCAGGCACCUCACAGCCCAGCACUGACGAUAGGUUGUUCUCUGGACAGACAGAGAAGCUGGACCGGAGCGGAAGGUCUAAUCUGAAGGAGCCGUGUAACUGCUGCAGGGCCGUUGCCGUGCGUUCUGGCCUCUGAGAGGGCUGCUUUCCAAACUGAGCUACAUUUUAGAGCACACACCAGUCAUUCCUAUUUCAAAAGGAUAGAGGUGCUUUUAGGUGGCCAACCUUUACUUUUAAAUAAUCAUAAACAUCUUAGGAAAUGGGGAAACAUUUUGCUUCGAGGAUAGAAGAUGACCAUGAAUCCUUCUGUUUCUUGACUUCAGACCCGACAAUUGCCUUGCAUUUAGUGCUUCGUGCUAGGAUGCUACAAGUGCUAAGAAAGUUUUUGUCAGUAGCCAGGGGGACGUGCAUAGGGGACGUGGAAGCAAGUGUUCCACAUGGACAUCUCUCAGGCUGAGUAUGGGAUGAGUACAAGAACUGGUGUGGAAAUAACAUUUUUAAAGCAAUUUAUGAUUUUAAACUGGGUCAGCUGAACAAGGGUGAGGAAAAAAUGUCAAAGAGGAAAAGGUAUCUCAAGGCACUUAGUUUAUGAAGAAAAAAAAUUCCCAGCUCUAAAAACUUGGUAGCAUCUCAGCAUAGUGGACAAUAUCCCCCCUAUUAAAUGCUAAUAUUUGUACCCCCAAAAGCCCCAGAUGUGUAAAAUAUAGCCUUAAAAGGGAAGAAAUUGGAACACAUGGAUCUGAAUGAGAAAUAACUCCCCAUCUGAAAAAUUGUAUAUCAAAAUGUCUUUUACUAUGUAUUACAACUAAGUUGUAAACUUGACUCUAAGUGGGUUUUAUGGACUUUCUCCUUCCCCAGUUUCUAGUGCUCCGACCCUGGGCUGUAAAAAACUUGGGUGGAUAACAUCCUGACUCUGUCCCAGCCGCAGUCCAUUUCUUCCCCUCGGCAUCCCAGAGUCUCACUAACUCCUGGUCUUAGAAAGAAUGAAUGGAUCUGCUUCGUUUAUAAGACAUAAGGGUCCUACUUUGUGUCAUCUCAGUAUUCUACCAGGACCAAGAAAACCCUUUCCCAGUAUGUGAACAGCUGGCAUCUGUGCGUUCUUACGUGAACAGAGAAGGGGUUUCCUCGGGCUGUGUUUGUUUACCUAAGUCCUAAUGGCCUCCCCUACGUAUACUUCCAUCAUAAAAGCAAACCAGUACCAUGUACCCAGCCCAUGCCCCAAAUCAGUGUUUUCCCUCAGCACAGAAGUUCAAAAUAACAUGUGCCCCUUGUAAGUCCCUCGGAUCCCCAAGGGAACACAGUAAAGAUUCAUGUUGCUUCCUGGCGUGGUCCCCAUAAUGCUCUCAACACCUGUUGCCCUUAGGAAAGGGGGCAGUGAAGUAGUUCUGGCCACAUUCACACUGGAUGUGCCCAUUCUGGAGCCUUCCUCUGUUGUUGCAGAUGUUAUUUAAUCAGUUGGGGUGGGAGGGAAGGAUGUGUGAUUCUACAGCAAAGGUAUGAGAUAACCCAUCUGCCUCCACCACAGCCAGUGUUCUGCUGCAGCACUGAGAAACAAAACGAAGGGGCAACGUAGGAGCAGACAUAACCUGAGAUGCCCUUGGGAUUUAGGAUAAUGGGAGAGUGCCCUUUGUGUUGUGACCUGACUCUUAAGAGAAAUCUUCUGAAAGAAUUCUUUAAUUUAGGAUUGAGUUGAAUCCAGGGUAAUGGAAGCCCCGGGGAAGAGAACAAAAGGGUUGCAAAACGUAUUCAGCCCCCAAUAAUGCAAAACCAAAAAAUAUUCCAUCACCACACUAGGAAGUUUGGCAAGAGGUACUUGGAGAAAUGUCUGGGCUUUUCCAUGGGUAGGGUCGAUAGACUUCCUUUUCAGUGAUUUCUGGCUGUGAGAAGCCUCUUUACUCACUAGAAAAGAACAUUAUUUAAAUGGCUAAUUUUGUGCCCCAGAAAGAGAAAUUGAAAAAAAAAAAAAAAGAAAAAUAGGACACUAAAGACCAUGUGACUUGGUGACAAACAGAAGGAAGGGAGUACUAGAAUUUCAAUAGAGUCCCCAGUUUCAUAGAAAAAGCAAAGCCGCCUGCCAACGCCUCUCUCUGCAGUGAAGAGAGUGCUCGGGCUGACCAGGCCGCAGGGCUGCCGAGGCUACACACGACUUCCCGACUGGGAUGGCCACGACUCUUUCUGUUUGCACGGAGAAAGGGGCUGUUCUCUUUGGUGCCCACGAAGUAAGACCGCAUGGGGCACACUUCCAAAAGCAAUCUCUACCCCAGUGCUCAGGUUGCACUCAGAGACAGAAAGAGAAAGAGAAGUGCCCCUGCUCUGGAGAAAGAAUAUUUUCCCAAGAGCCUCUGUGUAGAGUUGCCAUAUCUGAAGCGGCUUCAGCCUCCACAGAGGGAAAGCUCUGAGGCCUCAAUGUUCUUGCAGACACAGACUGUAGAGAUCAGUCACCGAAAGCAUCAUUUCUUGAACUAGGUGUUAAGGUGACUGGCCUGACCAAAAUGCCCCAAAGAUUUUUCUAAGUCUCUGAACAUGGUUUUUUUCUUGGACACUAAGUCCAUAGUGGUCAGUGGUAUACAUUAACAGAGCCCAGAAAAUGGUGAGGAAUGCUCGGGUUUGUUGAUUUUUGGGGUGCACAGGUAGAGGAAGAGGGCUGCGUGGCACUGGUUCUUUUUCAGAACCAUGCAUUUCACUGAAGGACGGGUGGCGAUGCCCCAGGCUGAAACAAGGAACGUCCUCUUGCCACACCACUGACUAAAACACCUGGACACCAGUGUCUCUUCAGGCCCAGCCUAUUGCUCCAUAUACCGAAUACUUUCAGACUAAAAUCUAAUCUGAAGUAACCUCAGCUAAGGUAUUUUUACAAGAAGCCACUUGUAGUGAGGAAUGAUUGCCUUAAAUCAGAAAGCCCAGAGGAGAGGACAGAAGACGAGAGAAAUUGGAAGGGUGCGGAGACAUGGACAUUUCUUGCUUUUUAAUGGUUGCAUUAUCACAAAAAUGAGCCCUAUUCGUGACUAAUGGAAACAGUGAGUUUGGGAGGGGAGGCACCAGACUUGUCCGGAAUUGGCUGCUGUCACUGAAAUAGCUUUUAUUUCAGUGACAUAGCGACAUAACUCUGAGUUAGAAGCAAAAUAAACAUCAGGUUAGCUAAACAGUGAAUUCCACAGGACAGGAUCACAGGUGUCUGGGUUCCAUUCUUAAUCAUCAACGGAGAAUAAUCUCAACCAAACUUUCUUUCCUAUUCAGUGUAUGUCUCUAAACUUUUUUCUCAGUUUUAGUGAGCAUUUGGUUUAUCUGGUGGUUCUUGGUUAAAUGUAAACUCACAACUCUCCAGUCUUCAGUGAAGAAGCCUACUCUGAGACCAGAGGGAAAAUCUAGCCACAGUAGUGGGAGUCCUGGGUUUUGAGAUACCCAAUUAGGGCGUAAAAAGUCCCUACUAGCCCUCUUUCAAAUUCAGAGGUUUUCUUGGUUCAAAAUGCCUCGAUGAGAUUCUGAUACACCCAAGACAGAAAAAAAAUUAACCUCAUAGUAGACAUUAGUUUCUACACUGUUGCAUCUGAAGUUCGUUAUUGCCCAGCAAAAUCUUUGCAAUUUAUAUGUAGAUUCUAGCACUGAAAGGGACUUAGCCCCCAGCACGGCACAGCUGCUGUCCAACAUGCCUGUAAAUAAGUACACAUCAUGCAUGUGCACCCAGCGUGGGACACCCUCAGUGCAAAAGUGUUCCAAAUUCACAUUCCCCGGCGACAAGGCAGACCCUGGCACUUCCACUCUGUUGCCUUAGUUGGGUGUAUCAGCGCCACCCGCUGUCUGUGACGAGGCUGCAGGGCGUUCUGCAGGACCCCACCCAUCAGUAAUUUCUAUGAGAAACUUGAAUAAGCUUGUGUGGAGUCAAGUGCACUUAACCAACUCUGCACUUCUAUUGGAUUUACUGGUGUGUGUGAAUGUGUGUGUUUGUGUAUACACUUGUAGUCUGGGAGUGUGGGUGUGUGUCUCGAAGGAAGCACACACAGGAGUAGGUCCUGGUGCACAGACACAGUUGCUUCUUCCCACCAUUGUGCUCCAGACUCGUGGCUGUCUUCCCAGGAAGCAGUCACCUGCCCACUCUGUUGCUUUUUGUAGCAUUUCAGAGUUGGGAGAAACAAAGGCAGCUUGUUGGAUCCACAGCAAACCCACAGAGGCAGGCUGUUUUCCUCCAGAAGAAGGUAGAACAGAAGCACUCAACUGGCGAGUUGACAAGAGGGAGCGGCAGCCAGGGCACCUCCCCAGGUCUCCUGGGAGAAAGGGGCACUGAGGCCACGCAGGCCAGGCCCAUAGAAACUUUGGCCUGAGCCAUUCCGUGGCUUAACGGCCUUUCUUUCCACUAUGCAACCCAGCGUGUGCACACAAACACCCACCCACUUGAGUGUUCUACUCCCAAACUAAAGCUUCCUGAUCCUGUCCGCCUCUGCAGGACAUCAUAAACUGUGUCUCCUGAAACCGAUGUGGCCUUUGCCGAAGUCUUUCCAGGAGUGGGUUGUUUACCAUGCCUAGCGAACCAAUAGACUCUCGGGGAAAUACUCUGGUGAUCUGUAAGAAUUGAUGGCUCUUGCCUAAUAUUAAAGUAGGUAUACUAUUCUAUGUAAAUGGGCCUGGUUCUCAUAGCUGACUUUGAAGGGUGGCCUGGAAACAUUCAGUUUUCUCACUGCUAUGUCCUUUUACCAGAAGUUUUAUCAUUUUUAUGACAUGUAGAUUACUUCUGCUAAUUUACGGAAUUCAGAGGACAUUUUCUUUUCUCUUCUAUUGUGGUGACUUUCCCCUCUCCCAUUAAUUAAGUAAGGCUACCUACAGUUGCUAUCUUUUCCUUGUUAUUAUUUUUUAAAAUGUAUAUUGUCUUUCUAUAUCCAAAAGAAUCUGUGACUGUAACCAUAGGUAUUUCUUUUUACUGGAAAAAAUGAGGUUGUUUUUUUUUUUUAAAUUAACAGUGCUAGUGACUUUGUGGAAAAAUAUGAGUUACUAUUAAGGUAUGCUUACUUAAGUACAGUACACUACAUUGCAGUAUUUCUGAAAGCUAGAACAUGCAUAUAGCAACUCUAUAUUGAAAUAUGUAUUACAUUAUAUUCAUUUUAACUUUUGAAUCUGCCUAUGAUCAUGAGUUGAUUGAAAUAUUAUUUCUUUGCAUUUAUCACCCAUCACCAACCUGCUGCAGUUAAUCUGGUGCAUUUCAUAAUAAUCAUUACUGCUCUAGUUUGCUUUUUUAAUCAUUAGUUUCAGUAUUGUCAUUACAGGAUUUUAGAAUAUUUUUAAGCUCAGACUUAGCAAAUGUAGGAAAGUGAAAACUUUUUGUAAAAAAAAACAAAACCUUUUUUUUUUUUGGUGUGGCUAAUACAAAGAGGUUCAUACUCAAAGUGAUGCUGUUAGGCUGACCCUCUCAAUAUCUAAAGAACAAAAGAAGUGCAUAUGAAUGUGUCUGUGAUUUCCCUUCUAGGACUGUCACUGUUGCUUAAAAAACUAUGGCCAAGAGCCUGCUUAACCUCCACAUGACCUGACCAACCGCUACACUUCAAAGGGCUGCUCAUCUGAAAAGCAUCAGGCAGUGAGAUGCCUGGUUGUUCCAACUCUAUUUUCAAACAUCAGUUGUUGAGACUGGUUCUUUACUGACGACUUUCUCUUUUCGGUAUGCUUACAACUAUUUUAACUAGUCUUUAAUGCUUCCCUGGAGGCAGCUUGGCAGUGUAAUAUUUCAUUUUCCUAGGAGUUUUUGAAAAAUAAAACCAGAGUCUGGGGGACUUUUCAUGGCAGAGGCUAAGAGAAAUAUAUAUAUAUAUAUAAAUUUUUCAGUCUGCAGGAUCAGUAAAAUAAGCGAUGGCACGUGGGUGCCUGGCCCUCAAUAUCUCCAGCUGUCACCUUAAGGCGGGGUUUUGGUUCCCUUCUCCUUUGACCAGGCCAUCGUGGGAACCUCAGACAUUAGGCAUCCUGUCUUCCUAGCAAGAAACACUGUCGAAUGCUGGUUUCAGAAAAAGAGCUCUCUCCACUUCCUUCCGCUAUUCAGACCAGUGUCUGGGGAACUGCACCGGCGGAUAAACUUCACCUCCAUCCUGGGUGCCCGAAACCGGUUUCAUUCUCUCCAUUGCCAUAUUCAUGACAGAAUGAAAACAGCUGCUCGUACUACUCAGCGUGGCAGCCCUUCCCACACUGGACCGAUAUCAAGGCUUCUCAGUGUGAAUAACACCAAGUUCUUCCUUUCAUCUUCCCUGCAGUGCCCCUCGGACACAUCCUUCCCCACCCCUGCACCCAGGCUUUCCUUGGUGCGCCCUGUUCCUGAGCCCUGCACUAAGGACCUGCCUACCCCAGACUACUUUGAAGGAGCUAACAUUGAGUCCGAUAGCAAAAUUCUCAAUUUGUUUUUCCAGAAUUUUCAACAAAUCUAUUUCUACUAGACAACAUAUAUGUAAAUUGAGAGUUAGGGAAGCUGUGUCCUUUUCCAACGAUCCCAUAAUAACCAAAUUGUGUUCUCUCAGCCUUUCUCUUUGUUUCUCGUUUCUCUGUAAGACUACUUUAAAUCACCUGGACUUACUACCACGCCAAGAACUCUAAUCAUUGUGACUCCUGAGUGCCCAUUUCCCUUCCUUUCCCCUGCCCCACUGUAAACGUCCUUCUUUAAGCUUUAAAUACUUGAAGAGCAUUGACAUGAGUUCAUCAGCUUGAGACUCGUAGGCAGAAUGAAGCUCAUCUUCACGGCACCUUCAGGCUCUAAAAGUUACCAAUAUUCUUUCAGAGUAGGAGGACCUGAGUCAUAGUUUGAAAUGUCAACUGUACUAGCUGAGGUCAUUAAUUCCUUUCACCUUCACAUUUGGCCGAAGAUAAAGAGAAAAAUAUUUUCUGGUUUUUUUUCUUUAAAUGCCACAGUGUUCAAGUUCCUGAUAUGAGUGCACCAUAUCCAAGGGAGAAAAAAAUAAUGUUAACUACUUUUUAACACCUGCUUAUAUUUAGCCAAAUUACCAGAGACUAGAUUUACAGAAAUUAGCAAAAGGGGUAACAUUUCAAAAUAAUUUGGGCAAUUGCUCAAGCCUUAGUGAGCUCUUCUAAAAUAAGUAAAACACACUGUAGGAGACAAUGAGGAAAUUGUGUCAUUUGUUAUCGUUUGGAAAAACUAAUUAUUAAUUGGUUAGAACUCUAAGCAGUAAUGUACUAAGACACUGAAAGAUUCAAAACUUUUCUCAAGUAUCUACUUUGCAACCAGCUAUUUUUAAACAUAAACUUAAUAUAUGUUUAAAUGAAAUAUUAGGACUGACUAGAUACUUGUAGGGCUGUGUCAUCCACUCCCCAGUUCCUAAAUACUUGCUGUAUAAUUUGGUCCUUGUGCUAGAUCUCAUUUCGCCAGAGCAGGGCCCAAAAGACCGGUGCCGUUCUGGGCGUGUCCCUCCACAGGUGCUGAUAAUGGGGUCUCGCCGGUAACACUGUCUGUAGCACGGCCUUUCCCGACGGCCAGUCCCACACUCUUCCCGUGAUGCUGUUUGCCUGUCAGCUCUUACGAAGACAAAUCCUGUGACGUUGAGAGUAUUGCCCGAUUUUGAGUGCACAGGGUAUACUUUCAUUCUUUGUUUUACCCACUGACAAAGAGAAGCAAAAUUUAAUAUCAGAAAUGUAUGCUUCAUUUGACUUGAGGCUUGACCCAGCUUUUUUCUUCAUCAAACCAGUGUGUAACCGUCAGCUCACAACACAGAGAGCAAUGCAAUAAAGAGAAGGUUCAAAAGCUCUCCUCCGUCAUGCAUCUAGUAGGAAACCAGCAUUUCUCAAAGCCAGAGUUUAUGUGGCAUAGGCCUGUGCUCUGCACUUGGCGUGUCUUUCCAAUCGGUCCUGUCUGCCUCUCCUCUUCUGUCCAUUCUGACUCCCUGUGUCUUUUCUCUCAAGUACUCUGCAUCUUACCUACUCUUCUCCUCAGGCAUUGGCUUCUGAAAGAAUAAAACACUCUCUUUCAAAUCCUAAAUAGUACCAUUUAAAGUAUAAUGUGGAGUGGGAGAGGAUCUGGUUCUGAUAGGUCCCAUCUGGCCCAGUUAAUCAGAAAGAUUUCUCCAGGAUGCCCCCUCGGCAUUGUUGCUUCUAGUCCGCCGAGGAGAGCUCUAACACUGACACCGGGGUCUCUCGCCCCAGUCUGCAUUAGUCUAGGUUCAUGUUGAAAUCCUGCUUAAUAUGCUAGAGACUCCAGGGUGUGGAUUUCUUCCUGCUUAUGAGCCUCCUGCUUUCCCAAGCCGACACCUAUCAGGAGCACCAAUAGCCCUCACAGUAACUAAUGCAGCAAAAGAACGGUCAGAAACAUCAUCAUAGAGAUUUGGGAGGAUCUUCUUUGGGAAGGAAUUUCUUUUUUUUCCUUGUAAAAAGCUUGCUUCCUCCCCCAAACCCCACCACAACGCAUUUCAGAAACUCUGCAUCUCAUUUUACAGAUCUGUAGUUUUAGUAUUUACAAAUAUAGCUUAGGAAAUCUUCUGAGAUUGAUGCUGGUAGCAGACCAGUUUAUCUUCUGCACUGGACUUUAGGACAAGUGUGACAGAUGCAAUUCCUUUAAAGAAAGUGAAACUAACAUAGUAAAGCCAAGGGAUAAUACUUUUACACAUUAAAACAGUUGUUUGCUAUCUAUAAACCUUGAUUUAAGCAUAAUUAUUACUUUUUAGAAACAUGAAACUGGAGGAAUGUGUAUUUUAGUAAAGUUUGUCUGUUAAUUUAUUUGAUUACCUUUAUCUCUUUCUUCUCAACCUAGUAAAGAUUCUGACUCUUUAAUUUGAUGGCCAUAAGCAGCAGUCCGGUAACUGCAGGCCCUCUCCAUCCUCCUUUCCCUCGUUCAAUGAAAAAGCCUUCCGUCCUGCCAUUUAAGGAGUCUUUUCUCCAUGAAAAUAUUAUCUUCCUUUUCUAGUAGCCAUGUGAGAGCUUUGCAGAGAGAAAGUCUCUCUGCACUUUGAGGGUAGAAUAGUUAAAAUAACAACUGUUCCUUGAGAAGAAAACCCAUUUCCCUAAACUAAUAGGUCUUGGGCCAAAGAAUAGGAGUUGACUGCAGGUGAAGGUCGUGUAUUUUACACUACAAAUCUUAUCAUCUCCUCAAAUUUUAGAAACACGGCUGGGAAUAAGUUAAUUUAAUGAGAAUUCUCUUCAGGUGUGUCUUGUUAAUAUCUAGUGCAGAAUACCCAGAAAAGGAAAAAGAAAAAAGAAGAAUUGCUGCUAAAAUCCAUUGAUCUACACACAGUUCUGAGUCCACGAGGUCUUCAGUAGAAAAACGCCCGCCCUCCACUGCUUCUCACCCGCCCCCCCACCUGGCGCUGGAGGCGCGAGGGGCGGAGGGAGACGGGCCCAUCGAGGAAAGUGCUCCGCCAGCCGCACCCCGCCACACAAGCAGCACAGGCCAAAGUAGAAACUUUUAUUUUUAAAGGAAAAUUGUAGUGUUUCAUUUGAAAGCAUACUGCUUUCAACUCAGCUCAAUGUACAGAUAGCCUGGCAACCUUUUUAUAACAUGUCUUUUGUGCUAUAAUUUGCAUUCUUAGCUCAGUCUUUAACAUAAUUACCAUUUCAAUUAAGUGAGCAGAGGAAGAGCGAGAGGGGAACAGGACAAUGCGAUGGGACUAAGUUUAAUACAGUUCUGGUUACCAGAGAAAGUUAACACCAUUCUCCUGUCGCCAUUCUUGCCCACCUCUCACUAUUACAGUCCAAAGACUUUGUAAGAUAACCUCUCUUCUCUGUGAUCUGAGACUUCUCUUCAUACUAUCAAACCUCUGUCGAGAAGCUGUGGGAACCCUACACUGCUCCUGGAUCUAACCCGCUGCGAGGACGCUUGCAGAGGGAUAACUGGAAAUAAACCAGUGGUUCAGAUGCGAUACCAGAUUCAGGCAUAACCGGAAGUGCUUUGUGCAUGUCCACUGCCAGGGGGUUCUUUAAAAAAUAAGGCUGAUUGCUGAGCACCUGCCCUCCUUGGGACAAACUUCAAUUUGGAACCACCUGUAUGUCCAUUUGUAGGAGAAAAUGGUCUAGGAUAUGGGCGGCAGUGAAACUCCUUUCUUUGUCCCAUUGAUCUGAACCUCAGAUUUCCUGGGGGUGCCUUGUAAGAUAUAAACUAACAGUAACUUUCAUAUAUCUUAUUAUUAAAUUUUUUUGCACGAUUGUUAAAAGAACUGUGGUUUUCAGAGUACAUGAAACCAGACUAUCUUAGUAAUCUUCAUUGUGGCAAACAAAGGCAAAAAGUUGACAGAAUCGAGAGUAUCUAACUAAUUUGAGUGUAGCCAACCCACUAUGCCAAACACCUCUGUUUAUAUAAUCUGUUCUAAACUAUGUAGUCAUUCUCCUGAGGCUUCCAGCGUGUGUGUGUGCAUGUGUGUGAGUAAGAGAGAGACAGAGAGCGAGCAGACAGCAGAUUUACAUUUGCAGAGUGGAGACCCAGACAAACUUACUCUAGAGGAUUCCCGAAUGCAAAGCAUUUCUCCAGAAUCAAUACUGCCAUAUCCCAAACUAAUUCCAGAUUAAUGUUGAGUGAGAAGUAAGCUCCCUAAGAUCUUACUAUGAAUGUUUUUUCUUAUAGAAUAAUACAAUAAAAGGUACAAUGCAGACUCUUUACUAAUUUGCUAUUAUAUUUAGUAACUAUACUUUUCAUGUGAGUGUGUCAUUGAGCUAUUUGUACCAAUUUUCAACCUAUCACCCUGAGAGGGGCCUUGAGAAUUUUUGUGUAUGUGUAUCUAGACCUGUAUUUGUGUGUAUUCAGGAAAAAAGUGAAUAGGAGAAGAAUGAGGCAAGGGAGAGGGUGGUUGGCAUGAAGAGGUGAGUGUCCCUCGAGCCCCUAUGUGUGUUAGGUGAAGCGGCUGCUGACCGAGGCCCUGGAGGAAGCGCCGCCGAUCGCAUUAUUCCACAAUAAGAGCCCGGCACUGUUAAAUUUAGGACCAUAUUUUUGAGAAACAGGAAAGCUUUAUCUUUUCCUGUGUCCAUUCCCUUUAGCAUCAGAGCCAUUUGACAUGAUGAAAACCAUUCAGUAAAACCACUACUGACCUUUGCAUUAAGUAGUUAUUUUCCUCUUCUAAAUAGUACCCUUGUUUUCAGCUUGACUACUUCCUUUUGUUUUCUGCCAAUUGGUGUAACGUUUCACAGAACAAUGCAUAGGUGCAUGCGAGUUGUUUCUCUCCCCUGAGCUGAAACAAACAGAGGCAACAAAAGAGACGACUCACAGAGGUUUAAGGUAGAGACUGAAUUUCCCACUUUUGUGGCACUGGUAACCUUUAGUAAGAGCUGUUUAGGGUGGAGCUUGGGUCUGUGAUAAUUUUUUUCUUUUUCUUUUUUUUUUUUUUUGCACUAAAUAUAACUGCACUGCAUUGCACUACUGAAAUGUAUUUACUUGUGCUGGGAGACAGUGUGUGAGGUAUGACAAAGAAAGAAACAAGUUAUGGAACUAGAAGUAUCACAGAAAUGGAGAGUUAUUUCCAUCGUGAUUGGUCUUAGCAGGGUUGGAGAAAAUCUGUGGAAUCUGCCAAUUCUUAAUGAGGCCUAGAAACUGCCAUGCUGACAGGAUCUGUUUCCUUAUUAUCAGGAAGCCGGGUUAGUGUAGUAAACAUAAGAUGUUAAAGAGAAGUUGGCCAAUGUUGCCUCCACCUGAACUCUCAGUAAGAGCCGCGGUGGUAAGGAAGCCAGCUGCGGAGGUGCGAAAACCUUCGCUUUGGCUUGCCCACCAGACCCCUUGCUGAUGAUGCACAUUCCAGUGUGGCAGAGGGCGGUGGUAAUGUCCCCCUUUCAAAAAAUAAACCAAGCCUGUAAUGGUGUUCACAUUGGAGAGACCCCUUCAGCCUGAGCAUACUUUCCAUGCAUGGGGAAAACCUAGAUCAAGCUAACCAAAGAGGAAGGCUAUGCAUGUGGUCAAAAUCCUUCAAGAUGACAGUAAGGGAAGAGUGCAAUAAACACGGAAAACCAGUGAGGUGAAAAGCUUAUUUUGAAACAUGCUAGGCCAACUUUGAAAUUGGAGGAAGGGUUGGAGGAUUGAACAGAACCUACUUACCAGCUGCUCUGGUGUAGACUGUCCUCUAUGAAGUAGAAGACCUCCACAGUGCCUAAAAGUUUAAUCUGAAGUUGUUGGUUUUUUCAAUUUUUAAUUGGAUUUAUUUUUAUUGCCUUGUUUAAUCUUAGAAAUAAUUAGAGUUUAUGGCUCUGUAGUGUCUAUUAACAAAAGAAUCUUACAUCACAAGAAAAGCAAUCGGUUGUAUAGGGAAUAAUAACACAAGGGGGAAGAUGCUGAAGACUCUUCCAGAAUCCAAGGUGACAGCCGUGCAGAUUCCAGCUCAGUAGGAAAGGAUCGCACCCCAUUUAAACAGCUAAUUUGGGAUUUCUCUGAACACUGUCACAUGUGCAGGUAUCAAUUUGGAAAACACUCAGUGGAGGCCUCUUUACUAAGUUUAUAAUGUUGAUGCCUAUCUCUUCCUCUCUCCUCCUUAAAAAUCCAUCCAAGUCUACUGUCGCAAGGUAAAAAAAAAAAUUUAAGGAAGCUCUCAGCCUUGCUAGUUAGGAAAACUUCAUUUAGAGCUUUCAGAACUAACAUAACCAAUCCCUUAAACAUUCAAAGCAUUAGCUCCAUUUUAAAUAAGAAACUCUAAAUUCAGAGCUCUUAACAGGUACUUAGAGAUGUGCAUUGGGUGGGCACCAAACAGGUACUGACCACAGCAAACCAAAGUUAUAGAAAGAAAUAAUUGACCAUGUACACAAUGUACUCACAUUGAUUGUCCUAGGACACUUCUCUGGAGACUUUGGGAAAACAACUUCCUCCUUGAAACUUGCAUACCCACUGCAGUUUUUUCACCAAAGAUUUGAAUCUCUAGAGCCUGACCUCCUCUCUCCCAGACAAAAGUAAUGCAGCGAGCUCAAGAGAUGCGCCUUGGUGGUCAAGGGUGACGCUCUGCUUUUCAUUCAGUUUAUAGUGACAUUUACAGGAGGUUUGUUAUUAGAGGAGCUACUGAACUGUCUUUAAGACUUAGGGUUUGGUCAGAGGUUGAAAAAAAUGGGAAAAUAAUAAACAGCAGUACUACUUGACACUGUAAUCUAGUGAAAAUAGAGUCAUGACCUGGACGCUGAUGGAGAAAAAGCAACUUCCAUGGAAGAGAGUGAGCCAAGUCAUUUCAGAACCAAACAAGGGUCGUUAGUGAGGCACGGGGCCACAGAGACCCAGAGCACACCAGUGUUCCUCACGGCCAGUGCGGAGUCAGAGAGCUGGCCAAUGAAUUCAAGUGUUAAAAAAGCCAGUCUGGGUUUCAUUGUGGUUGUGAGAGUGGUUAAAAUGUCUAUGCCCGUGACAAGAAAAAUGCUGAGGCUGAUCUAUUGUGAUAGUGCCUUUCUUGUUGUAGUGAGUACUAUAUUACUAAUGUGUUCAGUUAUGCUUUUCUGGAUCAUUGCUCCCAGUCUUCUGAGGAGGUCUGAAGGGAUAGUGUUCUCUUAGGGUGAAGGGAUAGGAGAUUGCUCCUGGAAUGCUGUGAUUUGAUGAUAUUUGCACUAGAUUCUAAACUCUACUUUAAACUGGAGCAACUGAAUGAGAGAAAAACCAAGGAUGGUUUGAGGUUAGAAGAAACCAAAAACAGUGUUUUCUGACUGAUGCCAUUUCUUUUUCCUCUUCCAUUUUUUUUCCUGAAAGAAAAACUUUAUACUUGUUGAUCAACCAAGUUCAACUCUUACCCAUUCUUGUCCUUCAUAUUCUUUUCCCCACACUGAAAUGUCAGUAUGAACCAACCAUCAGGUAGGAAAGGCUAAUGUAAAGAGCCUCUGUCAGUACAACUUUGCAUCUCUCUUCUGCCUCAUCAGGGGCCUGGAACGUGGGGGCAGGGAACCUCCAGAGGCACGUAGCCCUCCGGAGCGUCAGUGAGCCUGGAUAGCAUAUGGAGAGCUGAACUGACACAUACUUUCUUAGAGGACAUUGGGGCCUGUAGCAAAUCCUAAAGGAUGCCCAGAACAAGAAAGAAAACAAUUAUUGAAAACAAAGGGAGGCGAAGAUGGCACCUGAAGUUUGCCUGUUGCAACUUUCUCUACUCUUUCCCACCUCACCACCAUGUCCUAUCAGAAUUAUAUUUCAUCUCAUAUAUUUUAUGUCAACAGAAAAAUUAUUUGGUUCCUUGGUUUCUUUCUUCACCAGUGGGCUGGGAACUCCUCCAAAAUUAAAAACAGAUACCAUCAGCUGCUCCCCUGUGGCCAAACUGUUUCUCAAAUGCUGUCCAUCUGGUCUUGACCGGUCAACUAAGAUAACUUGGAAGCUUUGGCCGGCUCGACCACCUGUCCACUUUAUUUUUGCUUAGUUUCCAUUUCCAUUUGAAUUUCAAGUGAUCCUAUGGAAGGUGGAAAUCAUGGGUAAGGCUUGAAGGCUGCAGUUUUAGGGCAUAGCUUAUCAGGAGUCUGUAUGAUCCAAAAUACAUUUUUCUACACCUAUUUUCAGUUUAAUCUGUUGCCCUGAUUAUAAUUUCUAUAUAUUUGUGGUUAUUUUUAUAAGACUAGAGUCCACUUGCUAUGUCUAUUUGAGUACUUUUUUCUAUUUUCCCCGUGUGGAUGCAGUACCAACCUGUUCAUGAAAUAUUAUUAUAUUAUUCAUAUGUAAUUCUACUGUAGACCAAAAAUAUAAAAACAAAUUUGUUCAUUUUAGAGAUGUCAAGAACUAGUGAGUUAAAGAUUCAGAGUUGAAGGAAAAGACAGAAAAGCAGUGGUUAAGUAUGUCGAGUUAGAAAUCUAAGAGUAGCCUUACCCGUUUUUUAACCAGUGCUUGCCAGUCACACCAUAGUUAAGAUUGUAUAGUCUUGGCCCCUUCAUUCUUGUGCUCUGUAAUUCUUGUUUGUUUGUUUGUUUUUCUUUUAUGUAAUUGAGGUUGCACAUCAUGCUAUUUUAGGAAAUGCCUGAUUUUAUUAUAUUGUACUUUUAUCAGUCAUUUUCUUUAGAAGGAUGGGAGGGUUUAUUUGUUCUUUUAAUUUAAAAUUUGUUGAAUGCACUGGAAAUAAAAUUGGACACAUUUCACUGUUUCAAAAAUCAGAAACAAAACAAAACAAAAACCACAAAGAAAAAACCAGCAAUCCAAUAAGCGACAGGGAAAAAAGCUAUGAAAAAAAAUCAACUUGUACCGAAUACACAUACAACAUAUAUCCCACACAAAAGAAAAAUAUCAUCGAAUAAGAAAAAUGUAUCAUUUAAACUACAAUGCUGAAAAUAGAAAAGAAACCUGGGUUCAAUGGGGAAGAUUUCUCUCAAGGAGCAUUUCUUUGAGAUCUGAGAGCCUGCCAUUGUCCCAGUUAAUGAUGCCCAAUCCAGGUGAAUGUGGGACAGGCAACUGUGGAAGAAGUCACCCCGACCUUCCUCAUCCACCGUGGCUCUCCAUCACUUUGUAUCCCAUGCCUAAGCUCCAUUUUGAGAGGAAAAAAAAACACACACUGCGAUUGAGAAAGUGGCUUGUAUAGAGGUAUGUGUGCUGCACACCCGGACAGAGCUUAGUGCUCGGCCCACGUACUGCCUCACAGGAUUCUCUUCUCUGUGAUUUGCAGCGGAUGGGCCGGCAGCGUGGGAGGCUGUCAAUGACGCGUACGUCGUCAGCCGUGGCUGAACAGCCUCCUGACUCCAACCUGCUCUGGCCUCUUCAGCGGCCCCAGAUACCAGCACAGCCGGUGCGCCCCUGCACGGGCGCAGGAAAUGCAAAGGCAGAGAUAGUUUUCCUAGCCAACCGGGCAGGCUCAUUUGCUCAGUGUUUGCUGGGUUUUUCUGGUUUGGUUUUGUUUCAGAGUAGGGGUGGAAGUGGAUGUAACUUUACAAUCUUAAUGCAGUAAUUGUUUUGCAUCUUCCAUGUUUUAUGCAAAAACAGACAUUUAAAUCAAUAAAUAAUUGUGCCCUAGACUGAAAUUAAUGUUUAGGAGAGGAAAAAAAUUGUUGGAAUUUUUUCUACAUUUUUUUGUGAAGAAUCUUUUUUGGAAAGGAAGGAUACAUAUUUUUGUUGUGUAAUAUUUUCUAUUUUUGAAUGCAUUUUAUUGGUACAAGACUGUUUUUUUGGUGAAGACAUUAUUUAAAAAAGAAAAAAAAGAAAAAAACUAAUCGAAAAGUUUGCCCUUAAGGAUAUGCUGCAGUUUUGAGGUUAAAAAAAAAUAACUGAUUCAAGAUGCGUGUUUAAAGUUGGGAUUAUAUUGUUGUUUUUUGUAAUUGUUACAAGAAGAAGUUUGUACCCACUGCUGUUUAUUUUGUUUCAGAUGAGUAAGUAAAGGGAUUGUUCUUGUUUUAUUCUUUUUUUAGAGAAAAAAAUGCUAUUUAUGAAAUGUCAAAAACACUGGACUGUGAGUUUAAGUGUGGAAGCAUUUUACCACCCUGUGUCUUCGACCAAUUAUGGGAACCCCUUUUCUCUUCCUCCCACCUUAGCCUUGCCAAAUGAGAAAAAAUAUAUAUAACAGCAGUCAGAUGAUGGAAGCCACUGAAGCCCUGCUUUAAUUGUUAUGGUUUGAGGAAGUCAGAAAACCAAAGUUAAAUUUGUUUCAGAAAUCCCACUGUCCGCAGCCCUUUUUGUACGACACAGCCAGUUGACUCUGCCUCUCCGUCUUGGACCAGUGCCUUCGAAGGACUGGGGCCAACUCUGGUGCAGAGAGAGAGGCUAAAAGGUGGUGAGCCUGGAAGUUGAGGCCUUGCGAAGCAAAUGUGAGUGAGACUUCAACCUCUCGGUGGGCAACCACGCCUCACCAUCCUGUAGCGAGGCUGCCCAGAGCACGCUGCUUACGGCGCCUGAGGAGAGAGCUUCUCCUAGCUUCUGACAGUGUCCUGUUAACCAUCGCUCUCCAACAGGGCUUUGCCUCUGUCUGCAGCCCACAAGCCUUGGACGGGAUAGGGGCGGAGGGAUUCAGCGGAAAGGAAUGGCUGUGCGAGCUGUGAAGGCGCGCCCUGCCCAGGGCGAGGUAGUGCAAGGGCGCCGGCCUCCUCUUUGAUCCUGUACAUUGUCCAUCCACUCACUGUGAAGACGGAGAGGCAGAGUGCCCUGAGGCUGUUCAAUAGCUUUUCCAUAUUUUUUCAACAUUGAAAAAAUAAUGUUUAAAAACUGUGAUUUAAAAAAAAAAAAGUCAUUUGGCUGGAGGGAAGGGAAAGGGGAAGCACCAAAAGCUGUAACAUGAUUAACUGGAGAUAUUUAACUGGGGGCACUUUCUAGACCAAGACAAAUGAAUUCCGUUCUGGACCCUAAAGCAGCCAAAUCUUGAGACUGUCAAUGAUAGAAAGCUGAAGAGAAGCCUCCAUUUCCUCCUUACUUCUUUCUUCUCUCUGUCUCAAAAUUCUCUCGCUCUCCUUUUUCUACUUCCUCUGGACUGCUGCCCCAGUGGCCCCUGGACUCCCGUUUCGUGUGUGUGCACAUGCGCACACACCCACACCAACUUGCAAAACAUCAUUUUCUGGGACCGAAUAAAAUCAUGUGCCUUCAUUUUUUCCUUUUAUAGUUAGGUGAACCUUUUCGUUUUUACAGUGUAUUAAAAAAAAAAUAGGGGAGGUUGGAGUGUUGGAGGAGGACUUGGGCAUCAUUUGAGAAGUAAUUUUUGUGUAGCGCAUUCCCCCUAAACAUUGAACACAAACAUUUCAACCCCUUCGUGACAUUCUGGACAUUUAGAACAUCACGUAACUAGAUACAUAACAGCCUAAACCUAUUUAACCUUAAAGCAAUUCCUGAAAAUUCUAUUUCAUAGACUUCUUUGAUUUUUAUCGAAAAUGAGGUGAGCAAUGGCAAGCAGCCUUGCUCCCCCCGAUCUGGUGCUUUUGCAUGUGGAGUGGGGUGGAGGUGGGACGCAUUCCCACAGGUCUCCGGUGCUGAAGGGCCUCGAGUUCCUUUUAAAGACGGCAUUUGGCACACUUUAGGUACACACAGAUAAAUGGUAUCGCAUGCAAUACUUUAAUGGAGCAAUGGGAGAGGCUCUUUGAAAUGGGGUUUUGCAUCUUUUUGUAACAUUUUGAUUUCUCUGGUGCCUUAUUCCUAAUCAGUGCUGGCACUCACGUACCCACAGGGAACUGACAGGGAAGUCAGCCUCGGGAGAGGAGACACAUGGGCGAUGCUUGAACGUGCGGGCACAGGGGCAGGUUGGCAUCAGUUGGUGGGGAGGAGACGAGAUGGCAUCCCUUAGCUGGAGCCAAGCAGGAACUGCACAAAUCCAUACAAAGUUGACAAUUCCAACCUGUAAACGCACCGCAAACUCAUCCUUCCUCAUCUGAGCUUUCCUUCCUUCCUUCCUCUUCUAUCUCCGCCUUCUCCUAAAGGUGCUGCUGCUGCUGCUGCUGCUAAGGUGCCCGGAGUCCAGAAUGCCCAGUAAUCACUCAGGCACGAGCCUGGCACUGCCACGUCAGCCCCUGGCAUGACCAAACCCAGGUUUCUCUUGCUUGGGGCUGAGAACCGUCAGAUUUUUCUUAUCAAAAGUGUUUUCCAAGGAAUCAGUGGAUUACAGCUAUUCUGCAUUGAAAAUGCACUUUAAAAAAUGAAUAGAAGCUCCAUACUGUUUAAAACGGGCAGAGGGAGCAGGGGAAAGAGAAACACGUGCUAGUGUCUGAACCCAGUUCAAUUUAUCUCCAGUUGAAACAAUAUACACUAUAUUAUGUAUAAAUGUAUACACACCUCUUAUAUAUAUCCACAUAUAUAGUGUAUAUAUUAUACAUGUAAAGGUGUGUAUAGGUGCAUAUAUACACACGUGCACACAAGACCAGAUGCUCAUACAAACCCAGAUGCUACACAAACAGCAGCAGCGGAAACAAGGUUGGACUCUUGCAACAGAUCACAAAAAAUAAAAACAGCUACUUGCAGUGACUUCGGUCAUUUCUGUGUAUUCAUUCACCAGGAAUGGAUUGUAACAGAUUAAAAAAGGAACAGUGUUAGUGAAAGAGGAAAAGUGGGCGAAACCAUCUUGAUCCAAUGGCAAUGCAGUAAUGUUCUAUACCAUUUCGUCUUACUUCCUUUAGUUGUGUUGAUUUGAUUUGAGUUUUUGGCUAUUAAAUAAAUUUUUAAACUCAAUGACCCACAACAAGCUGAGUAAAACAACUACAGUGAAAGCCCUUUUCAAUGGAAGAUGUCAGUAAUCUCAAAACCCUUGGCCUGGCUCAGAACUACCAUGUGCAAAUCAAUACUCUCUUAAUGUUUGAAAUAAAAACUGAAAAAAAAAAAAACUUUUUUGAAGCACCUUAAUGUGGCCA